AUGAAUAAAUAUAUAUUAUUGUUUUUUGUAUUUAUUUUAAAUAAAUAUGUUAUUUCACAAUCAGAUAUAUCAUGGAUAGCAGGUUCUAACGAAUGUGUCUAUAGUGAAGCCGAAUGUUGGGAUCCAUCUUUACCAACAUCUUCAGACAAUAUUUUAUUAACCUCAACACAACAAAAUAUAAUAGAAUUACAAGUUGAUUCACCAAAAGAAUUAACUUAUUCAUCCGUACAAAUCAGUGGAAAUAAUAAAAUGUCUGUUCAAGAUACCUCAUUAAUAGUGACCAAUGCUAUUACUCUUAGUGGCCAAAGUACUCUCAGAAUUCAAAUUACUGACGACUAUUUUACAGCAUUAACUAAAAAACCAGCAUCACAAGGUUCAAUUGUUCUUUUAAAUGCUUCUCUUGGUUCAACUUUCAAAGCUGCCUCAAUAACAUUAAACGAAGAUAGUGUUAUGAAUGUUUUUAGAUCAAACUCAAAAAUCAGUGGUCCAUUUGUUAUGAACGAUGCCACAACUCUUUUCAUUUAUUCUGAUGUAAACUCUGAACCAAAUCUCGAAGUAGAAUCCACUACAGUUAAAGGUACCUCUCAAAUUAAACUCCAAGGCCCAAGUCAAAUCCUCUUAAACAAUACUAAAAAUGGUAUCACUUUUACUGACUCAAGCUCUAUUGUUGCUGUCAAUGCCUAUCAAGUACAAAUUACUGGUCCAAUGACUCUAUCUGGUUCAAAUGAAAUUUCAUUAACAAACUCAAGCUUAUAUUUAGAUGUUUUAUCAUUAUCAUCACAAUCAUCAAUUAAUAUUGUUGGAUCAACUCUUUCAAUUUUACAAAAAAAUCCAAUGACAUUUUCACCAAAAUCUGCAUCCUUUGUUAACUCUGUUUUUACAUACAAAUCAAACUGUAAUGUUAAUUCACCAAUCAAUAUUGAAAAUUCAAUCUUUAAUUUUAAUUAUACCACCACUUUAAAUAGCCAAUUUAAUGGUAAAAAUGUUCAAUUUUAUCUUGAUAAUGCCAACUUUAAUUUAGGCUCUACUGGUAAAUUCUCAUGUCAAAGUUGCGAUUUUGGUUUAAGAAAUUCCAUUAUGAAUUUCGAUAGUUUUACAAAUAAUGGUGAAUUUAAAUUAUACUCAAGCUCAAUCCAAACAAACAGUGAUAUUGUUUCAAGCAAUGGCAAUGUUUAUGGUUACUAUGGUAACUUCUCCAAAGGUAUUGUUAUGGAAUCAGGUUCACUUGGUAUCAUGGAAGAAAGAACUAGACUUUUCAUUGAUGGAAAUGUAGUUAUUAAAGAAAAUGCAACUAUUAAAUUAUACUUAAACUCACCAAUGGACUACAGUUGGUUAAAUAUUUCAGGUUCAUUAGAUACCCACUCUAUUGAAAUCUAUUUCUACAUCGAACUUACAGAUAACACAACUAUGGAAAUUAUUAAAGCCAACAAAGGUUUUGUUACACCAUUAAACAGUGAAAAUGUCAAACUAUAUAUUUACGACCCAGACAACGAAGAAUAUAAUAAAACUAACAGCUGUCAAUACUCACUUCAAUUCACCGAAACUUCCGUAAUUGUUGGUACCGACUACUCCUGCGAAGACGUUUUAAUCUCAGAAGGUAAAAGUGGUUUAAGUAAAGGUGCUCUUGCUGGUAUCUCAGUUGGUAUGAUUGCAUUGGCCGCUGGUGUCUCAUUUGCAGUUUGGUUGAAGACUCGUAAAACAAGUUCACAAAAAAGCCAAAGCUAUCAAAAGAAAGAAUUAAACUCUGUAAAAUCAGAUCAAAAUAAUUCAAUAGCUUAA